AUGGGAGGUUCUGCAGCCAUUGUCGCCAAAUCCGCAGCUGCUCCAAUCGAAAGGGUGAAGAUUUUACUCCAAAACCAAGGCGAAAUGAUCAAAACAGGACAUCUCACAAGAUCCUACACCGGUCUAGGUAACUGCUUCGUCAGAAUCGUCAGAGAAGAAGGUGUUUUAUCCUUCUGGAGAGGACAUCUCACAAGACCCUACACAGGUUACUUCAAGACCCGUCUCAGAUGUUCUAAAGAGAAGGACGGCUACUUGAAGUGGUUCGCUGGAAACGUAGCCUCUGGAAGCGCUGCUGGAGCUACAACGUCGUUGUUUUUGUAUCAUCUUGAUUACGCAAGGACUCGUUUAGGCACUGAUGCGAAAGAAUGUUCAGUUAGCGGCAGGAGACAGUUUAAAGGGAUGCUCGAUGUGUACCGCAAAACUCUCUCAAGUGACGGUGUUAAAGGCCUUUGCUUUGGCGUGUCGAUACUAGGGAUCACUCUUUACCGGGGGAUGUAUUUUGGAAUGUAUGAUACUAUCAAACCCAUUGUUUUAGUUGGUUCCUUAGAGGAAAACUUCUUGGCUAGCUUUUUGUUAGGUUGGAGCAUUACUACCUCUGCAGGCGUCAUUGCUUACCCUUUUGACACAAUUAGGAGGAGAAUGAUGCUUACAUCAGGACAGCCUGUUAAAUACAGGAAUGCCAUUCACGCAUUGAGAGAGAUAAUGAAGUAUGAAGGGCUCUUUGCGCUGUAUAGAGGAGUUACUGCCAACAUGCUUCUUGGUGUAGCAGGAGCAAGAGUGCUUGCGGGGUAUGAUCAGCUUCACCGUAUUUCUUAUAAGCAUUGGCUUCAGUAG